AUGGAUGUAUGUUUGCUUGGUAGCACCGCCGGUGCUGUUAUUUUUGGUCUUAUACCCAAUUGGGUUUGUACUGUUAUCAGUGAUGGUGAAAAUGUAAGAUCUGUAAUAAGUACACAGAGUAUAGUUUGCUCGAGAGUCACUGCUUCUGUAAAUCCUCUUGACGAUAAGGAGGAUAUUUCUAGACUGUGGUCAUUAGAUACGAUCGGCAUCGGGAAGGAUGCGCGAUCCUAUAACGAUCAAGCAGCGAUCGAACAUUUCAAUGAGACUAUUGUAAAGACUGAUAACAAAUAUACGAUUGUUUUGCCAUUUAAGAGCGAUGCCAGACCCCCUACGGGUUAUAGAAAAGCCUUAGGUCAGUCUAAAUCAGUCAUGUAUGAUCAAUAUCAGUCUGUUUUAGAUGAGUAUGUUAAGUUAGGAUUUAUUGAGGAGGUAAGGUUAGAAGAUAACUCCUUUGAUCCAGUUGAUGGCAUUAAUCACUAUUUACCUCACCACCCAGUUUUUAAGGAAUCUGCUACGACUCCAAUUAGGGUAGUUUCCAAUGCAAGCAGUAAAGAGUCACGCCAUGCAAAGUCCCUCAACGAUUGUUUACAGGCGGGGCCUAAUCUGGCGACGAAAUUGACAGAUAUGCUGCUGGAAUUUCGUCAGAACAAAUGUGCUGUAGUAGCAGACAUAAGCAAAGCUUUCCUUAGAAUAGGAAUUAAUGAAAAUCACAGAUUUCACAAGAUCCUUAUGGUUUGCUGA